AUGAAGUGGCAGACGUUGCUCCAACCCAACCAUCCCAGCUGUCAGCCAGUCAUCUCAGACGACUCAAAACUGUGUUUCCUCGCUGGACUACCGCUCUCCAUCCACGUCUAUUCCACUCAAUCAAACCUGCUAAUCUCAAGCCUCAGCAUACCCGAUCCUUCCCAAAAAUCUAAACUGAUCAAGAUUCUCCGACACCCUAUCUCACCCCAACGACUUCUCAUCCUAGUAUCAUCUUCGGGCCAGAUUUACCUCUACGAUUUCAUCGAGAACGCCAUUAAAGCCACCUAUCAAACUAGCCUUUCAAUCACCCAUGCCGUCAUCCGAAACUCGCUCCGGCCUUCCUGUCCAUCGUCCACCGAUCAAUCAACUACCACAUCAUUAACCCUGCUGCUGGUCACUAGAAAGGCACCCCAAGAGCCCAAAAAUCCCAAGUCUAAACGUCCGCCUCCAGGCACGAGAAGCAAGAAUCGUGAACAGGCAGUCCUCUAUGCUGUCAAGCUCCCCGAUCCAUCAUCUCCCGAUCCAACGAACCAACAGAUCCAGAAGAUUCAUCUCCUCAAAAUCAAUCCUAUCUCUGCUUUCUCUUCAAGCCCUUGUGGAAAUUGGCUGGGUCUUGUUACUGGCCUGAACAUAUGGAUCAUCAGGUUAAAGCCGAUCGAUUUGUUUGACAAAGUCAAAGAUCAAGAACUAUCCAAGAAAGUGAAAUUCGAAACGCUUCAUUUGUCAGCCCCCGAGCCGAUCACUUGCAUUGCCUUCCCAACCAAAACCCAUGCCGACCACUUCGAUUCCUCGCAACCUCCAUCGAUCGACGUGUCCUGUGUGCCGUGCGAUUUCUUUGCAACGGGUUCGAGUUCAGGAAAGAUCGCACUGUGGCAUGCCUUAUCCGAAGCCCAAUGGAAGACUCUUGCCGAAUUAGCUACUCAGAAGCCAGGUGUCGCUCUUCCCUGUCCUACAUCGCUCUCCCACUGGCAUUCUCACGCUGUGGCUGAUCUCACGUUUACUCGCAAUGGAUCCCACCUACUGAGUGGAGGAGAAGAGGCCGUGCUCGUCCUAUGGAGACUGGAAGACUUCAGCGGGAUCGGAUUGGAUUCAAAGACCUUCUUGCCCCGAUUAGGCACACCCAUCUCGAGUAUCUCUCUAAUCGAGAAAGUGGACGUCAACGAGCCCGGGGCAUUGGUCACUGGUCUAGAUGGAACCCUGAUGAUCGUCAACAUUGCAACCAUGAGUCUCUCGAAAACUUUGAAACUACCCAAGAUGUAUCAAUUGCCCAGCGUUUACAAACAAGCCACCCAACAAGCUAUUAUAUCACCUAUUUGCUCGCCAGAAUCCUCUCAAGGUCACAACAAGCCAUAUGGUAACGUGCUCGUCCAGUCCUCUUAUCCAUGUGGGCUACAGGUCUUGGAUGGUUGCUCGGGAAGGGUGUUGAGUGAGAUCUUUGUGAGACCGAAGAAUACCGUCAGUCGACGAAGCGACCGGCCCAUCGUUGAGCCCAAGCUACUGUUUGCCGAGUUGGGUGGGAUCAAGGAUCAGUACUUGGCUACCAUCGAUAGCUGGGUCGAUGAAGAGCGUGGAUUUUCGCUUGAAAUCACUCUGAAGCUUUGGCAAAGAGUUCAAGAGCGGAAUUCGGAUGGAUUCCAUGUGAUAGCACGAGUAGACAAUCCACACGAUGACUCUCAAAUCACUUCGCUAAAACUAUCGACGGACCGGGUCCCGAAAAUAAUCACGACUUCGCUCGAUGGGACGAUCAAGAUAUGGACCUCUUCCUCAAUCAGUCCGCAUCUGAUAACCGUUCCAACCGCGGUCACGCCUAUGACGACUUCGCUACCCAAAAGUACAAAAAUUCACUCAUCAUUUGGAAAAGAAUUCGAAAACCUGAAAUCGAUCAAACUGAAGCUCAAAAAUUAUGGCGUUUCCAAGACGGUGAUCGCCAAGGAUAACUCGAUCUUUGUCGUAUUACAUAAUAGCUCCGGGCGGAACAUCAUAUCGAUUUGGGACUUGAAACACUUCACGUUUUUGAAGAGCUUUAAUCUGAACUCUUUCGGUUCUCUUAGUCAUCGUCUACCGCAGAAGUUCUUCAUCAAAGAUCUGGAAUUCAUGGGCGAUAAACAUCAGUUCAUCUUUUUGCUCGGUAACUUUGGUUGUGGGUUAUUGGAUUUAUUAACCGGCUCUGAAAUCGGAUUUUGGUCUUGUGCGCCUCAGUUUAUGCACAAAGAAAGAUCAAAUGUUAACAGGUUGGCGAUCAUUGAUGUCGUCUCGAAGAAGACGAUUCUGAACAAUAAAAUCAAUCACGCGCCUUAUUCGGGUCGAUUCAUCGCCACCAAAGCCGCAGCAGAGCAGAAGGAAUCGUUGAGGAAAGAUGAAAUCUUGGACGGCUUGGUUUUGAUCACUGCUAGCUCAGGCCUGAUCCGGGGAGGAGAGGCGGUUGAUGAUCACGCUUCUUCGAGUAUGGAUCAGGCGCUACGGAUCGAGCAAGAGCUUGGGAUCUCGACCCAAUUGCCUUUCCAAGACCUUUUCCAGACCAAGAUAGAUCUUCACCGAUCUCUCCUGGAACCUAUCGAGCCCAAUCGCGGCCAGACCAACGACCGCGAACUGGACUUCGAGUUCAAUCGAUUAAUCGACAUCUCGCCCCACCUCGUCCCGCCCAGUCGACUACUCUGGUCCUCCCUCAUUCGUCCAUAUAAGCGACCCACCGAUACCUUAAAUCAACCCGCUCAAUCUAAUGGGGUGCUUGUUUGA